AUGGGUAACGCAAGUUAUGACUACGCGUUCCUAGAGAAUUUACAGAGCGGAGGCAUGAACUCAUACCGAUCUCCAGGUUGCUCUAAGGAGCGCCGAAUUGAGUCUAAAAGCGACCUCAACAGGUCGAAACCGGUCGACAUCCAGAAAGCAGAAGCAGGAAGAUCAGAAUGCGGCAAUGAAAAUGGCACAGGAGCGUACUCAGUUGGAAGCGGAACGAUCACAUGGGUCGCCGAAGGGGCGUCGAAGCACAACAAAGAAACCGAGAUCCAGGCCAACUCACGUGAUCGUGGAUGA